AUGGAAAUGGUGCAAGAGGAAAUCGUAAGCAACGAUAUCCGCAAUUUUUCCCCAUCUGGACUAUCUAGGGUUUCACUCGUGCUUCUGUCGGACUUUCAGCCUUGUUGGUUCCUGGAUUGACAUCAUCUGUACCGGCAGUUGCAAGCUCAUUGCCUAUUUGGGCAAGUCCAAGCUCUUCGAGGCACCUAGAGACCAAGUUCAAGAUUUCCUUUCAAACAACCUUCUCCAACGACAUAAGUGAAAUAAUCAUGCUCAUCAACACAUUGCGUAGAAGCAAUCUAGCUUCGCCGUUGCGGAGGGCGGUGAGGUCGAUUUCUACAUUGCAAUCGAAUCCUCAUAUUGUAUGUUCCAUUUUAUUUCCUGUUUCUCACGGGCUGUGAUGUGGGAUUUUUGCAUUGCUUCUACAGCGUUCUUGGGGAUGUAUGCUCAUCAUUUCUUCGUUCUUUCUACAGCAUGUCUUUCCCAAGUCGAAUGGGAGUUCCUACAUCCUCUCCUUCCUUUCUACGAAUCCACCGACCGAACACCUCGCCAUAGGAACCACCACCCAACUCCCCCCCACCACCGACUCCCUCGUCGAGAAUCCACAUUUCCUCCAUCUCCUGAACGAGGUCCUAAAGCGCCAUGCGCCUUCGGAUCCCCUGGUGCAGAGCCAGGCUGCGGCGUUCGCGUCAACGUCCGGGUCGGCGCUGGGUUCGGGGGGCAUGUUCUUCCCGCAGCAGCAGAGUAAAGGGCGGGGUGUGAAGGGUGAUGGUGCCGGGGGAGCGAGUUCUCAGGGUGGUGCUGGGGGCGCGGGGAGAGGCGGGUGGGUUCAUGUCAGUGAUGCGAGGGCGCCGCCGGAUUAUGGGCGCAUUGCGUGGCCGGAGGAUAUAUUGGGGAGUUUGGAGGUUGAUGGGAGGGGGGAGUUUGUGAAGAGUGAGGAGGGGGGUGGGGAGGGGUUGAGGGGGAAUUGGCAGAGUAGUGGGAGUUAUCGGGUUAUUACUAGGGAGGGGAUGUGAGUACCUAUUGGGGAGUGGGGAUAGGUGGUUGUUGUGCUUUAUGGUGGUUAUACUGACUUGUCGUUGUGUAGAUUGGGACUUAGUGAUUAUAUUCGAGAACGGCUGGUGGACAGAUUGAGGGAGGAAGAGAAGAAGGGUGUGCUUUGA